AUGCCGCAGCCAUGUGCCCGUGGUUCCCUGGCAGUGAUGGAGGAAGGUGAGGAUGGCCUGGCGGGGGAGAAGAGCCCCUUGGACCAUGAGGACUCUGCCAAGCAUGAUGCCUCCAGCAGCGAAAAUGCCCCAGAAAGUCCAAAGGAGCUGGAGAACCUGGAUCCUGGAGAAAACCCACAGGAGCCAGAUGCCCGGAAUGGGCCAGAUGAGCUGGAUUUGGUCAUGCAGAAUGGGGAGAGGUGGGUGCAAACCCGCAGAAGCCUCCCCGAAGGCUUCUCCUGGGGACCCUUCCAGUGCAGCAUCCACAGUGAGCCGGCAUCGCUGGGGCGUGGCGAGAUGAGCCCACCCAUGACACUGGUGAUGGGGGACAAGAGCUGCUGGCUGUCCUGCCUGCCCCUCAUGCUUGGAGAGCCUGACGCCAAUGCUAUCAUCUACAGAAAGGAUGAAGCCCUGUGGUGCCGGAUGACGCGUGCCCUGCGGGAGGAUGAGGUCCUGUGUGCCUUUGUGGUGGCAGAGCCGCCAGCCAUCCCCAACCACCAUGCGGUGAAAGCGGAGCCUGGCAACUCACUGUACCCGGCUGUGCUGCACUCAGACAUCCAGCUGCUGCCACAGCAGGCAGGCAUGGCUGCCAUCCUGGCCAUGGCCACGGUCAACAAGGAUGUCUUCCCAUGCAAGGACUGCAGGAUCUGGUACCGGAGCAAGCGCAACCUGCAAGCCCACCUGAUGUACUACUGUGCCAGCUGGCAGAGCACCGGCUCAUCUGCCCUGGAGGAGAAACCCAAGGAGACCUACCCCAAUGAGCAUGUCUGCCCCUUCCCCCAGUGCAAGAAAAGCUGGCCCAGUGCCAGCUCCCUGGAGAUCCACAUGCAGAGCCACAGCAGAGAGAGGCCAUUCGUCUGCCUGAUCUGCCUGUCUGCCUUCACCAUGAAAGCCAACUGCAAGCGUCACCUGAAAGUGCACACUGACACCCUGAACCGCAUCUGCCAUAGCUGUGGCUUCAUCUCCACCACAAAGGACAUCCUUUACAGCCACUUGGUCACCAACCACAUGAUCUGCCAGCUGGGCUCCAAGGGAGAGGUGAUGUCAGGUAACUCCGGUGCCUCUCUCCCCUCGGCAGGGCUGAGCCAGACAAACAACGCAUCCCUGCAGAAGUGCAGCCUGCCAGCAUUCCUGCCCAAGGGGCUGCCAGCACUGCUGCAGCACAUGGCGUUGUAUGGCCCCCUGCCCGCCCUGCCACUUGGCCCCGACGCCAUGCCCCCAGCACCACCCGCCUUGCCCCUUGAUGCCAGGGCUGGCAAGCUCUUGCCACCAGCCCAGCUGCAGAAUGGGGAAGGGCCAUCAUCAUCCUCUUCUUCCUCCUCCAGAGAGGCCAUCCACAUCAAGGAGGAGCCUGCCAGCAGCCCGAUGAGUGAGGCAGAGGUGCCAAAAAGCAGAGGCCCUGGGGAGGGGGGCAGCAACCCCAAUGCCUGCUCCCAGACCUCGUCCCCCCGCAGCCUGCCCUUGGUGAAGGUCAAGUUGGAGCUUGCCAGCCCCACACCGGGCUCCAGCCCAGUGCCCAGUGAGCCAGGGACAGGCAUGGCCAGCAGCACCAUCUUCCUACCCCAAUACAUGUUUGGCCACGAAGCCGUGGUGGUGCCACAGGCGUCGGAGAUCCUGGUGAAGAUGUUGGAGCUGGUGCAUAGCCGGCUGAAGCAGGGCCACAGCGGCACAGUGCCACCCACCAUCUACACUGGCACACUGGUACCCAAGGGUGCCACAUGCUUCGAGCGCGAGAUCACCUUCAACAUCAUCAACAGCUACUAUGUGCACAAGUGCCUCUACUGCUCCAGCCAGCACCUCGCCGAGGACAGCCCCCCCAGGGCACACAAUGGUCCUCCUGCCCCAGGGAUGCUGCUGUCUCCACCAGUGGGUGACAGGCAGGGGACACCAGUGGGGGAUGGGGACACCAGCCAGGAUGCCACACCACCAGCUGCCAUGCCAGAGGUGAAGGCAGAAGAGGAGGGUGGUAAAGCAAAGUCCCCCAAGGUGGAGGGGGGAUCAGGGAGGUGCAGCGAGGGCAGCCAGAGCCCCAACAGCUCGGCAGAGGAGGAGGACCCCAGCAAGAUGGUGUGCAAGGUGUGCAACAUCUGCUUCAGCCACCACAAGACCUACAUGGUGCACAAGCAUUUCUACUGCGCCUCUCACCAUGAUCCCCCCUUCCACCGCCCCACUGCCCCCAAAGUCCCCUUCCUGCCCCAGCCCCUCCGUACCCGUAAGCGUCGCAAGCUCUGUGAGAUCCAUGGAGCUGCUCACCACCCCACUGAACCCCUGCCAGCCCCCGACCCACCACUGCUGGCCCCUGACCCAGCGGGGGCUGCCCCAUCGCCCCGCUCCAGCCCAGAUGCUGAUGGUCCCAUCAACCUGAGCAAGAAGCCGCAGUGGCAGGGUGAACCAGCAUCAGCACUGCUGCUGCCUUUGGCCGACUACCACGAAUGCACCGCCUGCCACAUCAGCUUCAACAGCCUCAACAUCUACCUGGCCCACAAGAAGUACCAGUGUCCAGCCACCCCACUGCAGCCCCACACCUUCAAGCACCUCCAGAAGAUGAAGGGGGCUAUGCCUGCCCUCAUCAAGGGUUGGCACAGCCCCAGCAGCCCCGGCGAUGGGAACCCCGAAGGUGUGCAGGUGAGGGCAGCUCCAAGAGGGAGUCCCGGCAUCCCCUACCCUGGGGUGGACUUGCUGCAGCAUCACCCCAAAGGUCCCCUGCCACCCCCAGGAGCAAAAGGACCCCUCUCUGCUUGUCCCUACUGUCCCCUCAAAGGGGCAAUCAAGGGCGACCUCCUCGAGCACUUCCGUAAUGCCCAUGGGCUCUUCAUGGCCAAGCUGGUGAUGGCCGGGCAGGGGCUCCCUGAUGCCCCAGUUCCCGGUGCUGGCAGGACACCCGAGCCCCCGCUGCCCAUGGCGUCACCCCCACCUCUUCCUGGCCCUCUCCACUGGGACAGCUUCAAUGGCAAGGAGGGUUGGGAUGGCAGCAGCAGCCCCCAGCCCCCUGCCUCAUCCUGGCCCCCUGCUUUGCCUGGAGCCCCUGAGGGAUUGCGGGAAGCCACCCGCAAGCCCCCCACACCCCCCACCUACACAGGGGGGGUGCAAAGCCCCCCAGCCAAGGUUGUGCCGAGCCCUGUGCCGAACGGCAACCACAGGUACUGUCGCCUCUGCAACAUGAAGUUCAGCAGUCUCUCCACCUUCAUCGCCCACAAGUAUUACUGCUCCUCGCACGCUGCCAAGCACAUCAAGUAA